AUGAUCCGCACCUGUGAUCCAGACCACAUUUGGAGAGAAGUUCACUCAGAAGAAGACGCCGUACUCAAUAAAACACAAAAGAUGGAUGACCCAAUUCAGUUGAAAGAUGAAGGGAACAAAUUCUUCCAGAACGGGGAUGUUGAUAAAGCCAUUGAGUGCUACACAAAAGCCGCCAAGGAAUGCAAAGACAAAAAGACGUUGGCUAUUAUUUACAGAAAUCGAUCUGCAUGUUACUUGAAACAGGAAAAAUAUUCAUGUGCUGCAAGUGAUGCAACAAAAGCAAUUGACGUUGACGCAGCUGACAUUAAAGCCUUGUACCGGCGAUGCCAGGCUUUGGAAAAACUUGGAAAAUUAGAUCAGGCUUUCAAAGAUGUACAGAGAUGUGCGACUAUUGAACCAAAAAACAAAACAUUCCUGGAAACUCUACGUCGGUUAGGAGCAGACAUCCAAGCCAAGCUCAAGACAUCAUUUUCCACAGAUUCAAGAGUACAAAACAUGUUUGACAUUCUUCUUGAUGAGGAAAUGGAUACAGACACAAAAGAAAAAGCAGCUAAUAACCUGAUAGUGCUGUCCCGAGAAGAUGCAGGAGCGGAGAGAAUCUUUGAGAAUAAUGGCGUCCCACUGCUGCUCAACAUGAUCGAGACGGGUAAACCUCAAAUGCUCCUGGCUGCCAUCCGCACACUGUCUGGAAUGUGCACUGGACAUAAGGCCAGGACAAUGGCAAUUGUUCAUUUGGUUGGUGUUGAGAAGUUGUGCAGCGUCAUGGCAGUCGACAAUGAGGAGAUAGCUCUGGCUACUUGUAAUUUACUCCAGUGCGUCUAUGACUCUCUGACCGGAGCAGACAAACGAGAGUAUGGAAAAGAAGAAGCUUUGGUUUUAGAUUCAACAAAGCUGCUGAAGACCAUCCUGUUGUCCUUGUUGGAAAUGGUUGGCAGCAGUAAGGUCUCAGGUCAUGGCAGAGACCAGGCACUGAAUCUUCUCAGCAAAAAUGUUCCUCGCUCCAACAAGAGGAAUCCCGACCACAGCAAAACACUGUUCACAAUUGAUCAUGGUUUAAAAAAGAUUCUUAAGGUUUGCGGUCAAGUCCCUGAUCUCCCAGACCAGCUUCCCAUGACAGAAAACACACAACUGAUAGCCAGUGUGCUUUUGAACAAAAUAUAUGAUGACCUCAAUUGUGACCCAGAGAGAGACAACUACAAGGACAUCUGCAAAAGUUAUAUCAAAGCUAAAAUUGACCCCAAUGACAUGGACAAAACCAUCCACGCCAUCAACGUGAUCUCAGGACUGCUGCAGGGUCCCUUUGAUGUUGGCAAUGCUCUGGUAGGGCAGCAGGGAAUCAUGGAGAUGAUGGUAGCUCUGUGUGGGUCGGACCGCGAGGUGGACCAACUGGUCGCUGUGGAGGCUCUCAUUCAUGCCUCUUCAAAAAUGAGCCGCGCUGGAUUCAUCAUCACCAACGGUGUGUCACUCCUCAAAGACAUUUACAAGAAAACCAAAAACGAGAAGAUUAAAAUUCGUGCUCUUGUGGGUCUCUGUAAACUGGGAUCAGCUGGAGGUGAUGACUAUGCACUAAGGCAGUUUGCUGAAGGCUCCACUGAGAAGUUGGCCAAGCAGUGUAGGAAAUGGCUUUGUAAUCCCCAGAUUGACACCAAAACAAGAAAGUGGGCUAUUGAAGGUCUUGCUUAUCUGACUAAUGAUGCAGAUGUGAAGGAUGACUUUGUUGAGGAUGAGCUUGCAUUGAAAGCCAUGUUUGAUCUGGCUAUGUCAAAAGACAAAACCAUCUUGUAUUCAGUUGCUGCCACUUUAGUUAAUUGCACAAACUCCUAUGAUAAGAAAGAGAUCCUUCCUGAGCUGGUCCAACUCGCAAAGUUCUCAAAGCAACACGUGCCCGAACAACACCCAAAAGACAAAAAGGAUUUUGUGAUGAAUAGAGUGAAAAAGCUGCUAAAGGCUGGGGUUAUAUCCGCCCUUGUUGUCAUGGUGAAAGCAGACAACUCAAUUCUUACAGAUCAGACCAAAGAGAUGAUGGCAAGGGUUUUGUUGGCUCUGUCCGAUGAUCCAAAAGAUCGUGGUACCAUAGUGGCUCAAGGAGGCGGAAAGGCUUUAAUCCCACUGGCUCUGGAAGGAACAGAGGUUGGGAAGGUGAGGGCCUGUCAUGCCAUCGCCAAAAUUGCUGCCAUUUCAAACCCAGACUUUGCGUUCCCUGGAGAAAGGGUGUAUGAAGUUGUGCGUCCCCUAGUUACUCUACUGGGAACAGACAAAGAUGGAAUGCAGAACUUUGAAGCACUCAGAGGUCUCACCAACUUGGCUGGUUACAGCGAAAAGUUAAGAGUCAAGAUUGUGAAGGAAAAGGCCCUUCCCGAAAUUGAGAACUACAUGUUUGAGCAGAAUGAGAAGAUCCGAGAAGCUGCCACUGAAUGCAUGUGCAACCUCGUGACAUGUAAAGAGGUUCAGGAGCGUUAUUUGCAGGAUGGCAAUGACAAGCUGAAGCUGCUUGUGCUACUCUGUGGUGAGGAGGAAGAAAAACUUCAGGUGGCAGCGGCUGGAGCUCUAGCCAUGCUCACUGCUGCACAGAAGAAGCUCUGCAAGAAAAUGACACUUGUGACUGCCCAGUGGCUGGAAAUUCUGCAGCGCCUUUGCAUUAACCAAAACCCUGACAUCCAGCACCGAGGCAUUGUCAUUGUCUACAACAUGCUGAACUCGGACGACAUGGAGCUGUGCCAAAGGCUGAUGGAGACCGAGCUGCUGGAGAUCCUGAGUGUGGUGGGCAAAGCUGCUGACAACCCCAAACGACAGGCGGCAAUUAACGCUGCACGGGAAAGUUUGGUGAAAGCCAUGGAACUGGGCCUCAUCAAACCCUUCACCUCCUAA